AUGAAUUAAACAUUAAAAUUAUUCUACACCCCUGAAACAUAUGAAAAGAUAACUAAUAGCAAUAUUCUAAUAAUAGGUGUUGGAGGAAUAGGAUGUGAAUUGUUGAAAGUCUUAACCAAUAGUGGUUAUAGAAAGAUUGACAAUAUUAGAUUUGGAUACCAUAGAGGCUACAAAUUUAAACUGAUAAUUCUAUUUUAGAAAGGAACACCUGGGUAUGAGCAAGGUAUAAUUAAAUUGAUUAAGAGUAUAAAAAUAAAUUGAUUAAGCAUAUUGAGAAAUUUAAAAGUAGGCUUUAGUGGGUAAAGAAAGUGUAAUGAGGAAACAUCCUGAU